AUGGAGAAUCAAGUCACACCUGAUGGAAUCAAAUGGACGAAACAAAGUAUGGAUAGGAAAUUAAAUUUGGAAAGAUUAAAGAGAGCUGUGGAGAAUAAUUAUAAUUUUACGGACAACGUGGAACGAAAUAUGGCUUUAUACUCUGUUUUUUAUGCCUUUACAUUUAUAUUAGGAUCUGGCUAUGUCGGGUUUAGUUUCAUGGAAGAAAAAAUUAUCACAUCACAGGAAACAUCACAGGAAACAUCACGGGAAGCAUCACAGGAAACUUCAUCACAAGCAACAUCACCGAGUACAUUACAAGAAUCAUCACAGAAGCAUCACAGGAAAUAG